AUGGAGUCAGGAUCGGAAUCGAGUUUGAUGGGUGUGGGAAUGGGUGUGGGAAAGGAAAAUUUGAGACAGGAAGAUCUGGGAAAGGAAAAGGAAAUGGAAAUGGAAAUGAGAAGAAAGAGAGCCUUUACAAUUCCGAGGAAACCUUUGCCUUUGUCGGGUGGGAGAGAGGGAGAACAAAAGGGGAAGGGGGAGAGAGAGGGAGAGGAUAAGCAUGAGGAUGAAUUGGUGGGUUUAGGUAUGGGCGUGGGUUUGGAAGUGAAAAAAGAGGAAGGAGGACAAGGAGGGCAAGGAGGGCAAGGAGAGAAAGUUGAGAAGACAGAACAAGUUGAGCAAGCAGAACACGAUGGACAAGCAGAACAUGAUGGACAAGCAGAACAUGAUGGACAAGCAGGACAAGCAGGACAAGCAGGACAAGCAGGACAAGCAGCACAAGUUGAACAAGUUGAACAAGUCGAGAGUGCAGAGGACAGAAAAAUCCGCUUGGAAAAGGAGAGGAUGGAAAGAGUGGCGAGGAAUCUUAACCACGAAAACCCCCUUCGCUCGCAUCCCAUACACCACAAUAUCUGUACCGGUACACCACCUAUUAUUUCUUUACUUUCUGGAUCUCCAUCUCCAUCUCCAUCAAAAUCCAGAUCAAGAUCCAGAUCCAAAAAAUUUCGUCGUUCGUGGACUGCGCCUAUUACCGGUUUUGGACUUGUUGGUUCUGCGCUGGGUGGUGUGGGUGGUGCGGGUGCUGAUGUUGAGGGUAUGGGUAUAGGAUUGGGUAUGGGGAUGACGGGAAUGACGGGAAUGGGAAUGGGAAUUCAGAGAGGAACUGCUGCUCAGAGAUAUAGAUCUGGUGGGAAUAGUGGUGGGAAUACUGGUAAUGGGUUUGGAACUGGGGCAAUAUCAAGGAUGAAAACGGGAAUGGGAAUGCGAUUGAGAUUUGGUGGGGGUGGAGGUGGAGGUGGGUUUUUGAGGAGAGCGAGUGUUAGUUGGAGGGGGAUGGGGUUUGGAAUUAAUGGUGUUGGUGAGGCAUCUGCAUCUGCUACGAUGGAGAUGGAAUCUGCGAGUCUUAUUAGCCAGGGAGAAGACAUGCAGGGGCAUAUGCAUAUGCAUAUUCGUCAUACAAGCGAAGUCCACGAUUCGGGUACCGAAAAAGAAGAAGAAGAUUCUAAGGAUGUGGAUGUGGAUGAAAGAUAUAGUCAUAAUAAUCGACAAUCGAUGGUAUUGCCGAGGUUUGAGUGGGAGGGGUAUGGGUAUGGGUAUGGUGGAAGUGGAAGUGGUUAA